UAAUUUCCACGUAACUAAACACUUUUAAACUUUGUAUACUGGUAGAAUGUGUUUAUAAAACAUCUUUUUCUCUUGGCUUUAUUGAGAAAAUUUUACAGUUUGUAAGAUAUUUGGUCUUAAUUAUUUAAAUUAUAAAUUAGGGUAUCUGCGAGAUACCACCAUGCUGAAAAUAGCAGCCAUGAUCCGACUCUAAGGUGGUUUCUAGCGCGUAGAGCCAUCUCGGGGAGGAUCGGGGAAAUAGAAUCAUUUAAAGGGGAAUACCUUUUUACAGCAGUGGAAAAUUUAAAUAUUCAUGGUGGUUUAAUUUCGGGCACUGAUGCGUAAGAAUACGAAUAUCCCAACUUGUUGACGUCAAAGAAAUUUCUUCAUUGAGAUGUACCUUUGAUAGUUUUAUCAACUUUCAUCAACUAAAGGAAGAUGAUAUAUUUAUAAGGAGCAUUCAUCAACACAUCAACCUCUUUAUAUAAAUAAUAUCUAUGACAAACAACAGUGAAAUAUUUUUCUUGUCUUCACUGUCUGGAAUGUAGAGGAGGUGAUUGCUUUACAUGUUGGAUAACUUUACAAACAAGUUGACAGUUUUCACCUGCUGAGUUAGAUAUUAAAUAAUCCCACAGAUGAGAGAAACAUAGCCUUAAAUUUUUCCCUGAAAAUAGUGACUCAACUGAACAUGAACAUAUUCAUAGAAAUGAAAAAAAUAUCAUUGUGAUAUGUAUGGUAAAUUAUUCUCUCAUGAUGAAUAAUUUAAUAAAAUCUGACAACUGUGAUACAGGAGAGGAAUCAUAUUCCUGUGAUGUCUGUGGUAAAUCAUUCUCUGGAAAAAGUUACUUGACUGUUCACAAACGUACACAUACAGGAGAGAAGCCAUAUCAGUGUGAUAUCUGUGGUAAAUCAUUCUCUCAAAGUAAUUACUUAACUAAACACAAACUUGUUCAUACAGGUGAGAAACCAUAUCAUUGUGAUAUCUGUGGCAAAUCGUUCUCUCAAAAUAGUCAGUUGACGAGUCACAGACUUACUCAUGCUAGGGAAAAGCCAUAUUCCUGUGAUGUUUGUGAUAAAUCAUUUUCUAAAAAUAGCACUUUAACUAAACACAAAAAUAUUCAUACAGGAGAGAAGCCAUAUCAUUGUGAUAUCUGUGGUAAAUCAUUCUCUGAAAGUAGUUACUUGACUAUUCACAGACGUGUUCACACUGGGGAAAGACCAUAUCACUGUGAUAUUUGUGGCAAAUCAUUUUCUUACAAUAACAAUUUAACCAGUCACAAGCGUAUUCAUACUGGAGAGAAGCCAUAUCAUUGUGAUGUCUGUGGUAAAUCAUUCUUUAAAAAAGGCCAUUUAAGUACACAUGUGAGUAGUCACACAUAAGUGUUACUGUAACUGUACAUUUACUAUAGAGCAGUUGUAUACUCUCUCUUUUACUUGUUUCAGUCAUGUGACUGUGGCCAUGCUGGAGCACCGCCUUUAGUCGAUCAAAUCGACCCCGGGACUUAUUCUUUGUAAGC